UGGUCGUCAUUGCAACGUGUUUUACCUCUGUCACAGCGUUCACGGAUGAUUCUUGUAGCUCGAAGGUGAUUGGUCAGAAAGAGAACGCUUGCUUUGCGCAUUACAAUCUCACAGAAGCCUUUAUGUUUGGACUUCCUCAGCCCGCACAUUUGACCCUGUUUACACACAGCAUGUACAACUUAUGCCGAAAUAUUGUUAACUUGACAUCAUGUUUAGAAGAUGCGAUGACGACAUGUGGUGAUCCAUAUUUUGAUUUUAGCUCAUACAGCAAUACAAUCAACAAAAUUUGUAAUCAUAGAAACCUAUUUUAUGCUGCAGAGGCACAUUGUGAAAUGAUAGACACACUACAGACAUGUAUAGGACAGUACAACACUGACAUUCAGAAUUUAAAAUAUCACAUCUAUUUAAACAGGUCUGAAAUACCACUAUCAGAUAUGUGCAC